AUGAGUAACCAAACAGUCUCUGGAUUUCUCCUUCUUGAAUUUGCAACAAAUUCAGAACUUCAGAUACUACACUUUGCUUUGUUCCUGAUACUAUAUUUGGGAAUAGUAUUGGGAAAUAUUCUUAUAAUCUCUGCAGUAAUUUUUGACUAUCACUUGCAUACUCCCAUGUACUUCUUUCUGAUGAACUUGGCCAUACAGGACAUUGGCCAAGUUUCAGUCAUAAUCCCUAAAUCCAUGAUCAAUUCUCUCAAGAAUACUAGGUACAUUUCUUAUUCUGGAUGUGUUGCUCAAGUCCUCUUCCUUAUCUUUUUCAUUGAAUCUGAUUUUUCUUUGCUCACGGUCAUGGCAUAUGAUCGUUAUGUUGCCAUUUGCAAACCUUUACAUUAUGAGAUGGUCAUGAGCAGGACAGCCUGCAAGCAAAUAUUUGCUAGUGUAUGGAUAUGUGGUCUUCUCUAUGCAGUAUUACACACUGCAGGCACAUUUGCAAAUUCCUUCUGUUCUAAUGUUGUCAAUCAAUUUUUCUGUGAAAUACCACAUUUGCUUGCCCUUUCCUGCUCCAACGGGUAUUUUGAUGAAAUUGUAAUUAUUUUAUUAAGUUGUAGUAUAGCUUUAGUUUUCUUUAUUUUUGUCAUUAUCUCUUAUAUGAAGAUUUUGAUUAUAGUGUUGAGAAUGCCCUCAGUUCAUGGAAGAAAAAAAGUAUUCUCAACUUGCUUUCCACAUCUCAUUGUAUUUUGCAUAUUUGUGUUAACUACAACGUUUGCUUAUUUGAAGCCAAAUUUUAAUAUUGAGCCACAUCUGGAUUUGUUAUUUACUGUUAUAUAUUCUAUCAUUCCCUCCCUACUGAACCCAAUUAUUUAUGGUCUGAGAAAUAAAGACAUCAAACUUGCCUUAACAAAACUAUUAGGUCUCAAUCCUUCUGUCAAAUUUUCUUUCUAA